CCUUCUAUAUGAGGCUCACUAACAAAAACGCAGUCGGCCGUACGUCACCUGACAACACGACGGACUGUCGGCAAGGCCGAACGGUGUGUGCUUUGGCUUCAUUUUUGGGUUGAAAUCCUUUCAAUAGGAAUGCCUACUAUUAAAUUGCAAAGUUCGGAUGGGGAGAUAUUUGAAGUGGACGUUGAAAUUGCGAAACAGUCUGUGACUAUAAAAACUAUGUUGGAAGAUUUAGGGAUGGAUGAUGAAGGAGAUGAUGACCCUGUUCCACUUCCUAAUGUAAAUGCAGCCAUCCUUAAAAAGGUUAUCCAGUGGUGCACUCACCACAAAGAUGACCCCCCUCCUCCUGAAGAUGAUGAGAACAAAGAGAAGAGAACUGAUGAUAUCCCUGUGUGGGACCAGGAGUUCCUCAAAGUUGACCAGGGAACACUUUUUGAACUUAUUUUGGCAGCAAACUAUUUGGACAUUAAGGGAUUACUAGAUGUGACAUGCAAGACUGUUGCAAAUAUGAUCAAGGGUAAAACUCCUGAGGAAAUAAGGAAGACAUUCAACAUUAAAAAUGAUUUCACCGAAGAAGAAGAAGCACAGGUUCGCAAAGAGAACCAGUGGUGUGAAGAGAAAUGAGCUGUGAGGCUUUGCUGCAAGUGUUGCUUCACAUCUUGGCUGCACUACUCUGAUACACCUUGGUGUUCCUGAAGAAAACCAGAGUGGUAUCUCUCGUUUACUCAACGCAUGGUUACCCAUUUGCUUGUAUGACCUAAUUUAAAAUGCUAGUUUCAGUGCUGUCGUGGAAGGAUUAAAGAAAUGUGCUUAUCUGUAGUCGUGAAGUGGGCUCAGUCUCUGUUGUAACCCCUCAACUGGUUUAAAUUUUUUUUUAAACUGAUUUUUUAAAAAUAAACUGCUUUGUUUGGUUAACUGCAGAAUGUACGACUGAAGGACCAUGCAUAUUUUUAUUAAUGGCAGAAGCUGCCUUUCAGUGUAGUACGUGUGUGGCACCCCAACAGACUCCAGGUGUGCAAUGCAGACACCUACCAUCUUUGCUUGCCGUUUUGGUUCAUUUUACAUACAGACAUUUUAUUGGUCGUGCUUAAGUCCUGCAGUUACGUUUUUGGGUUGACAUCCAUGACCUGGAAGAAGAAUUAAUAAAUAAGUUUUAAAACUC